UGUCUAUUGCCUUGGCACUACCUUACCCUGAAGCGUCUGCCCUGCUGGGGACUGUAACCUGAGCCAACUGCCAGCCUCACACAGGCUUCUUUAGCUACUGACCGCGAGAAAGGAAGGAAGAGCGUGAAGUCUCCCAGAAUGGAUGCUUCCAAGCAGGGCUAGAUGCUGAGAGACUCUUUGAGAGGAUGGCCCUGCCAUCUCCACUCCUACGUAGGGGCAACUGUCACUAGUGUGUCCUCUUCAGGCACGGAAACAGCGACUCGAAGGCAGCCCCUGGAAGACUUCGUUUUCGCUUUUGAACUCUGCCAUGCAUCGCUGCAGGUCAUGUCCACGUGGAAAUCGAGGCUCACCCAACGCUUGAAGUUUCCGUCCCGAAGGAUGCACUCCUUCCCAUGCUCAGCUCUGCUGGCUUGUUUUGGUAACACUAGGGAGAAUGCCGCCUUCGAUCAGUCUGGCUCGACAGAUACUCACUCCACCAUCUAUGACCAGCCCGUGGCCAAAGCAGACAGACAUCCAAGUCAUCCCAAGGCAGAGGAAAGAGCUCCAGAGAAAAGGCGAGAUUCCGGCAUGCGCUCAGAGCGAAACGGCAGCGCGAAUGGCAGCAACAACAAGCACGCCACUGUCCAGCCUGCAGAAAGCCCUGAGGAUUUGCCCAGGUCCCCGAGUCACAAACCAGACUGCGAAGCAGUUACUUUCCAGGCGUCCAUCCCUAGGCCAUCAAUUAUUGACAUGCCAAAGGAAGAAGGAUUCCAUCACGAGCCCCAGUGCCCUGAGCUGGAGCAGACGACAUUAUCAGGUAGAGUCUCAGGGAUAGAGCUCGGGCUUGGCAGCAAGCGCCUCACCCAUCGGGCUAUCUCACCAGCACACCUACUCUUCCCUCGCUUCCAUACCCGCGUCACCAUCAAGUGCAACCAUUUCUUCGGUUGA